GGAGAAAUACCCAGAGCACUCGGUGAUUUAAGGGGGUUACAAGACUUGGAUCUUUCUCGAAAUCGCUUGUCCGGAUCAAUUCCAAAUUCUCUUUGCCAGCUUCGUCUAUUGAUCAAUUUGAACCUGUCUUCUAAUGAGUUGCAAGGCAAAGUCCCAACAUCUGCAGUGUUCCCUAAAUACCAGUGCAAUUUUUCUUGAUGGAAACGUUGAUCUAUGUGGUGGUGUUGCUGAUCUCAAGUUACAACCUUGCUCAGGAGUGAACCCCAAAAACAGGAAGUUACCUAAUAAAGUGCUAAAAAUAGCAGUUCCUCUAGGUGUCCUGGGAGUCUUAUGUUCGAUAUUUUUGGUUCUUUUCUGUGCAUUGAUGUCCAGAAGAAAAUCAAAGGGACAAAGUCUGACAUCAGUGCCAUCAAUGGAAGGACAGUUUGCCAGGCUUUCUUAUGCAGACCUGCUGAAAGCCACAAGUGGAUUCUCCAGGAACAAUUUGAUUGGUGUUGGCAGAUUUGGAUCGGUUUACAAAGGAUCUUUAGAGGAUGGAAUGGCAAUGGUUGCAGUAAAAGUUCUUGAUCUUGAUGUCAGAGGAGCUACAAAGACAUUCGUGGCGGAAUGCAAUGCGCUAAGAUGGAUGAGGCACAGGAAUCUUGUCAAGAUAAUAAGUGUUUGUCUAAGCCUAGAUUUUCAAGGCCAGGACUUCAAGGCGUUGGUGUAUGAGUAUAAGUCCAAUGGGAGUCUUGAGGAAUGGCUGCAUCACGAUCCAAUUGAACAAAGAGAAGAGGACAGAGGCCUUACCAUGAUUCAGAGACUGAAUAUUGCCAUCGACAUUGCAUGUGCACUUGAGUACCUACAUUUUGGCACUGAUUCAGUUGUCAUUCAUGGUGAUCUGAAACCGAGUAACAUUCUUUUGGAUGAUGACAUGACUGCCUGUGUUGGAGACUUUGGAUUAGCCACAGUUGUUCUGAGCAUAUCAAAAGAGCUUCUGACUAUGGAAAGCAAUUCAAGUGUCAUCAAGGGAACUAUUGGGUACAUCGCACCAGAAUACGGCAUGGGAGAGAUGGUUUCAACACAAGGGGAUGUAUACAGUUUUGGCAUUCUUCUACUGGAGAUGUUCACCAAGAUAAGACCAACUGAUGGAGCUUUCAACGGCCACUCCAGUCUUAGUAGUUUUGUUUCCAGUGCUUUACCAGACUCUAUGAUGGACAUUCUUGAUCCUGUUAGUGUUCAAGAAAAAAUCCGAGUGAGUGAUGUUCACAUGGCUAAGGAGACUUUGCUUUACAUACUGGAAAUUGGAGUAGCAUGUUCUAAUAAGUCUCCAAGGGAUCGAUUAGCAAUGACAAAUGUUGCAGCUGAGCUGAGGCAAAUAAGGAGCGGAUAUCUUGCUGAAAGGAUGAGUUAAAUGUAAGGGCAGCAUUUUGUGUUUCACUUACACAGUUAGUUGAAUAGGUGCGGUUGUAAAUUCAGUCUGCUAUAUGGAAAUAUACUGUAAUGAUUUCAGGCCUUAGAAACAGAAAGCUGCUGAUCAUGAAUUGGGCAAUCUCCAGGAAUAGCAGAAACAGAAAGCCAUAUCUUACUGUUACAGAAAAGCUAAUCCCUGUGCAAAUAGAUAUAUUGUAGGCAAAAGAUAUAUUAGAGGAAGUUUUCAAGGGAUAGAAUGACAAUGAAAAAUGCGGGUUGCAUUUAAAAUAAUUUUGAUAAAUGAGAGAUAUUGUACAUUACUGAAAACAAAAGACUAAACAAGACAAAGCAUUAACG